CAAGUCGAUGACGUUUUUCUUUUUUUUGAUUUUUUGUACUUUUUGUUAAUAAAAAAAUAUUUUAUAAAAGGAAAUGACUCUGGAGUCUUCCUCUUCUGCUUCUUUAUAUAAAAUGGCAACAAGCGGUAAAACUUCAACAGAUACCGCUUUAUCUGGGUUUUUAUGGCAGUCUCCACUUUUAUUUAACUGUCAUUUUGAUGAAACUGCGAAACAAACAAUUUUAACACGAUGUUAUGAAUCUCUAUGGAGAAACGAUGAAAAUAUUAUGCAUCAGCACUUUUUCUCUUCAACAGAUGAACUAAAAAAAACACUUUCAUCACAAAUUCAACGUCAUGACGGCAAAGAAAAAAACGUUAUUAUCGAUCCGAAGCUAUGGCAUGCUAAUGCUAUUUUACCGAACCAAGAUGUAUCCAACCAAAAAGGACGGCAAUGUGGUCACGUAUUUCGUAAAGGAGAACCUGUUUAUAGAUGCAGAGACUGUGGUUUAGAUGAUACAUGUGUCUUUUGCUCAAGUUGCUUUCAUUCAACUGAUCAUGAUGGACAUGACAUCCUUUUCUCUGUUAGCCCUGGCUCUGGUGGGUGUUGUGAUUGUGGAGACUCGGAAGCUUGGAAAAUUCCUUUAAAAUGUAAAAUUCAUUCUAGUGACAAAGAGUCAGAUCUUAAUGACGGAACAAGUUCAAUCGAUCCACAAUUAAUUAAUUCAAUCAGAACAACGAUUGCUUCAGUACUCAACUUUUUACUAGAUACUUUUGCUUUAGCCCCUGAAGAAAUCACCCUGAAUUCCUCUAUAGAAGACUUGGUGAAAGAAAAUCAAGAGCAACGUAAUACUUUAGCUAGAAUGGGAAUCCCCUCUGAAACAACAAAUAACACAACAACUCAGGGCAAUGCAUAUAUCGAUAAUACUACUACUACUACUACUAAUAUAGAAGAGGAUGUUGAUAUGGAUAAAGAAAAUAUGACCAUGUCACAAAUAACGGAUAUCCCGACUAACUCUGAUUUAUCAUCGAAUAAUAUAAACAAAAAUAAAGAAGAAGAUGGAGAAUUAUAUGCAUGUAUUGUUUGGAAUGAUGAGGCACACGCAUUUUCACAUGUACUUGAGUCUAUUAUGACAGCUACUGGUUGGGAUUGGGAGAAAACAAAACAAAUUGUGGAUGUAAUUCAUGUUCAUGGACGGGAAAUUAUUGCGAUGUCCAAAAAUAUUGAAGAACUACGCAAGAUUGCAGCUCCUUUAUCUGCUAUUAAUCUUGGAGUCACGAUUAGACCUGCUAAAGACACGUUCCGAGAACAAGCAUGUGGGCUGUUAGUCGAUUGGCUAAAUGAAUUAAUUAAGGGGAAAAAACGUUUCUUUCCUAAUGUUGGAAAAGGCGAUACAAUUAUUCGUAAUAUUUUAUGUGAAGAGUUAUGUGCUGAAUGGGAGUUACGAUUACCUUUAGCUCAAUUAGCUACUGGUGUACGAGCUGAUAAUACCAUUAAUGAAUGUGAUGAUGAAGAUGAGAAUGGUGUUAUGAAAGAUGAUAUGGCAGUGACAAAUUCUGAUAUUGCUGAAGAUGUUGAAAUGUUCGAGCCUGACUCAGAUACACAUAUUAGUAGUAAACUAGACAGUCCUCUCUCUUUUGCCUCCAGUCCUAUUGUCUAUCGUAGUCAAUGUGAUAUUGCAAGCAUAGAUUGGGAUCCAGCAGCUAUGGUUAGAGAAUAUCAAAAUUUAAGAGAUAAUGAAGUAGCCUUUGGAGAAUCUUUAUUCAAUAAGAAUUCGAUACGUCUCAGCGCUAAUAUGUUAGGAAAACAACCUGCUAAUAAUACUAGUCUCUUUCACAGGGAAGAAGAAGAUACAAACUCAGCUAUGAACAUUCAAAGAGAAUUUGAGGAGAAGUUACGAUUAGAUUAUUUUAUGCUUUAUGAUCUAAAAUUAUGGAAGGAAGUGCGUAUAUCUUUACGUGAAUUAUACAUUGCAUCACUCGCUUCGAAUUCACACUUCAAAAAAAUUUUGGGUAAACGGCUUGCACGCAACUAUGCUAGAUUAGCUGAAUCCUUUUUAUUACGUGAUCGUGAGCCUGAGAAUUCUAUCAUCCUUUUCUCCGUUCAACUAUUGACUGUACCUACCGUGUCUGAUCUUCUUGUUCAUAGCUAUUAUUUCUUCGGUCUUAUUUGCUCUACACUAACUGCAUUUUUCUUAACAGAUCGCUUAUACCUUUUAUUACCUUCAGAGCGCAUAAAAUACCCCUCACGUAUUAACUGUGAAUCUCGUGCUUUCCGCACACGUCGUUAUUUUAAUGCCUUUCAUGAUUUGCGUUAUAUUAUGAAUGUAAAUAUGAUCAAACGUGUGCUUGCUCAAGAUCCUCUAUAUCUUCGUCAAUACCUUGAUUUAAUUAGUCUCUUUCAAUGUAUGAAUGCUCAAAUAUGCCAAAAGGAUGCACAUGUUGAAUAUGAAUCUGAAAUAUGGGUGAAUGCAUUCAACGUUACGCUUCAAAUUGCUAAAUGCUGUCGUCAAUUCUCUGAAUGUUUUGCUAUGCUUCCUAUUGACUCAUCAGAAGAUCGAGUAUCUACAGCUAUCACACUAGUUCGAGCCAUAUUACGUGUAUUGCGAAUGAUACAAGAUUGGGGCAAAAUGGAUGAAGAGGAAGAAGAUGCAGAGCAGACCAAGAAUUUGACUUCAAGUACAGCAACAUCUCAAAAAAUAUAUGGACCUUCAGCGCAAGAAUACCACACAAUUAUAUUGCCUUAUACUGAAGAAUAUCAAGUAGUCAAAUAUAACGUAUCUUCUCAGCCUGUUUCAUUCCAUCAUCCUUUGCAUUGGUUAUUAGCCGGAUUACUUGAAUAUUCCUAUUUAUUAGAUGAUAAACUAUUAAAUGAAGCCGGUUGGGAAGGUGGGUUCAAAAAAGUGAUUACGUUGUUUAACGAUUCAAAAAAUACUACCGACGUUUUAUUACCUAUCCUCGAUUUCUCAAUUCGUACAAUCGUCUUUUCUUCUCAAAUUAGAGCCGGUGUAUGGGUUCGAAAUGGUUAUGGUAUUAGAAAUCAGGCACAUCAUUACCGUGAUAUUUCUUUACGUGAAAACACAUAUGAUGCUGAUGUCUUCCUGUUGCAACUUGGUUUUGCUACUGUACAACCAAAUCAUUUAUUAGUUACACUUUUGGAUAGAUUUGAUCUCAUAAACUGGUUUUUAGGCAAAAAAAAUCAUAAUAUUUAUGAUACGCCACAAACUGUGUUUAUGGUUGAGGAAUUGUUAAAUCUUUUAAUCGUUAUUGUCUGUGAACGAGCAAACCUAACUGGUAUGUCUAUCUUGGAUAAAGCUCGUCGAGAGAUUAUUCAUGGCUUAUGUCUUGGUCCUGCUGCUUAUUCUGACCUUGCAAAGCGUAUUCCUGAACAUAUUACAGAGCACCCUAAAUUUGAUCAUGUUUUAACGACUAUUGCUCAUUUUAAAACUCCUGAUGGUGUUAAUGAUCAUGGUAUAUACGAGCUUAAAGAAGAAUAUUUUACUGAAGUCGAUACUUAUUUCUGGCAUUUCAGUCGUAAUAAUCGUGAGGAGGCUGAAUCGAUUAUCAAAGCUCGAUGGAAGAAAGCUAAUCCUGAUAAAAAAGAGCAGGAUUUCUUUAUUUUACCUAAAUCAGAUCCUAUUCCCUCUGGACCUUUUAAGCAUUUAGGCUCAUUCCUUCAAUCAACUUUAUUUGUUCAAAUGCUAUUUUAUACUUUGUGGAAUACUUAUACUGGCAAUAAUCAUAAGAGUGAUACUAUCUUGGAUCAGGCAUUAUACCUAAUUAUGUUGGCUCUUGUGGAUAAUAAUUCUGAGGAUGUAUCUAAUUAUGGUCAAGGAAAGUUUUAUGAUUAUGUUUGUUCCUUAAGAUUUAAAUGUGAAGUACAGAAUUCCGAUGACACUCAAGGAUCGCAAUCCAAUGUAACACGGGAGAUGACUUUAUUUGAUGCUAUGUCUACACUUUAUAAUGAUGAGCAUUAUAAUGAAAUUACUAGUCGACUUGAUUGGAUAUUUGAACAACUUGGUAAUAAAGGUACUAAUAAUACACGUGCUGAAAUUGAGAAGUGGAAGGAGCAGCGUGCUACCAAAUCACAAAGAAAUGAACAGCAAGGUGAAUUAUCUGAAGUUGAGAAGAAGAAAUUGGCUGCCAAAGAACGACAGAUGAGAAUCAUGGCUCAGUUUGCUCAAGCUCAAUCUCAGUUUAUGGAAAAAAAUGAAUUCCUUUAUGCAGAUGAGGGGGAGGAUGCCUUCGUAGAUGCUUCAGACAACUUUUCUACAGCAAAUGAUGAAAGUAAUUCUGAAGGUCUUCAUCGUUUUUGUGCUUACCCUACAGGUACUUGUAUUGUAUGUCAAGAAGAUGCUAAUGAACGAUCGUUACCAUAUGGUUUACUAGGAUUGAUUCAAGCUUCUAAUAUUAUGUACGAAAAACCUACAGAUGAUGCUGAGCUUCUUAAUAAUGUUUAUGCCAUCGGUCCUAAUCUUGAUAUUGAAUGGCAAGAUCAACAAUGUUUAGCUGAUAACGCCCCUAGUAUUCCUGGCUUCCCUGCUCAAUUUCACAAAACUGGCUUAUAUGCUUCUACAUGUGGACAUUUUAUGCAUAUUAAAUGUUUUGAAGUAUAUUGCACUUCAAUUGACUCUAGACACUCUGCUCAAUUAACAAGAAAUCAUCCUGAAAAUAGAUCUCGUAAAGAGUUUAUGUGUCCCUUAUGUAAAUCUUUAGGUAAUGCAUUACUUCCUGUUUUUUGGAAAGGCAAAAAAGAAUCUCAUCCAGGAGUCCUCAUAAAGUUUGAUAAUAAUAAUUUUGCUACUUUCUAUAAAUCGGACGUUAAUCAAAUUGUGAACAAGCUAAAGCAUGCAAUCAUUACUACCUCACGUCAUGCUCAAAUGAAGAAAACAGGAAGAGAUGCAUCAGCAGCAACCCGUAUGAAAAAUGUGAUGGCUCAACUUUUACCUACAUUUCCUGCAAUGACUACAGCACCUGGAGCUACCGCUGUCCCUAUUAUGCCUACAGCAGGUGGGAAUACUAAUGUUGCUACUACUCGUGAUUGGACCCCCAUGGGAUUCAGAACACGUAUUCCUAGCCCUACCCCUUUGGAUAAUGCGAAUAAUAACGGUUUAGAUCAACUCCAACCUGUUUUACCUCUAGCUGAUGCACAGACUCAACAACAAGGACAAGCGGAUGGUGAUAUAGCAAAUACUAACACCGAUGACGAGGCUGAACGUGCCGUUGAAGCUAUGCUAAUGCAGAAUACAUAUAACCCAGAGAUGAUGCCUCUACCAGAUGGUAAAUUAGGUCCCUUUGAUAAUGACACUCUACACAGCACAGCUGCUGUGAGUAUUCCUUUUAUAAAGAAAUCAUACAAUCGAUUAUUAGAUGUUCUUAGUAUUAUAUAUCAAGAAAUAUGUAUAGAUGAAAAUGAACGCGAAAUGUCAACAGCUGCAGAUAAUGUAGACAUUUUAUGGGGUGUCCUAGGCUAUACUAUUGCUGGUGUAGAGAUUGCUUCCCGUGGAGCUAGUCGAUCUGUUACUUCAGAACACGCACUUACACAUACUUUAUUUGAUCAGAUACCCUCUCAAAUGCAGAUGCUACUUCGUAUACUUAGUGAUACUGUGAUGGCUUAUACCACUCUUAUGUGCUCUUCAACUAACGAUAUGAAGUCUUCUUCUUCGUCUAGUAUAUCAAUGGCCCGUGUAAAUAUGUUUGCUUUAGGGCGCAUGCGACAAAUAUUUGAAAUUAAUGUUGAUGACGUUGCUAAUUUAUCUACCAGUCCCUCUCAAAAGAUUAUAUUAUAUGAUAAUGCACCCCUUUUGGAAGAUGACCCCUUCAUGAUUCUAGCUGAGCUAUCUCUUCAUCUUGUCCCUACAACUCAGGCCGAUAUAUUCCCUUUUAUACAUGUAUUGUUACUGGCUGAGUUUGCUAAAACAGCUGUUGGAUUUUUACAAGACCGCCUUAUCCGUGAUAUUGACCAACAACAAUCUUGUUCAACAAUGCCUAGUGAAUCUUCGCAAAAUAUCGUUGCUGCAAAGAACUUUGCAUUUUCAUUAAUGAAUAAGUUGCAUUUUACACCUGAAGAAGCCCAAUUUGCCUUUCGAAAGUUCAACAGCGAGGCCUCGUUCUGUACUUUACUCAAGUUUUUCGUUUUACCUUUCUUGCGUCGUACUGUUGUUUUAAUGAUUGUUCGUUUUGGUUUGAUUAUACCACCUGAUGCCAAUGGUUUGGAAAGUGACCCAGCUGUUGAUGAAUUUGAUCGUCUCAUGAAUGUUCUCCAUUUACCCAAUUUUGCUGAUUUCUUGCAACCUACACCCAUAACGGAGUCAUUACUUCGAUAUUGGUGCUCACAACAUGUACGAGAAUCUGAGCGUCGAAUUCAACUUGAAGAAGGUCUGUUAAGUUCAAUAUCCGCAAGUCGUUUAAUUCAUAUUCCCUUGAGUUUACCUACACCACUUUAUCUGAUACCAUUACCAAAACGCCUUGAUCGUUUGUUUGAUGAGAGUAUGAAGCGUGUCUGUCAACGAUGUGGUACUGUCCCUAGUGACCCAGCUAUAUGUUUGUUUUGUGGUACAUUUGUUUGUGCUCAAAGCUUUUGUUGUUCUGAAGAUGAAGAAGGUGAAUGUAAUCUUCAUACAUUAGAGUGUGGUGGUGACAUUGGUAUAUUCUUAUCUGUUAAAAGAUGUGUUCUUAUAUUACUACAUAAUGGUAACGGAUGGUUUAUGAAUGCACCCUAUCUUGAUCCACAUGGAGAAAUUGAUCAGGGCCUUAGACAUGGUAGGCCUCAAUAUUUGAAUACUAAGAGAUAUACAGAAAUUCGUAAACUUUGGCUUCAACAUAGUAUUCCUAUUUAUGUUGCUCGACAAAUCGAAGCAAAUUAUGAUGUUGGUGGAUGGACAACCAUCUAGCGCAAUUUUUAUUUACUUUUCUAAUCUCUCUCUUUCUUUUACCUUUUAUAAAACUACAUAAAAAUUUUGAAAUGUAUUUGCUUGUGUAGAACCUUUUAUUAUUAAAUAAUGCACAUUCAUAACACUAGUAUUUGUUGUUGUAAAUUAUACUUGUAUAUAGAUACUAUUGGCUUUUUUUGUUCGAGCAACAUUUAAAAAAAAAAAAAA